UUUAAGACAUUAAUUAUAAUUGUUUUCAAAACUUUCCCCUCUAAGUACAUUUAAUUUUACACAUUGAACUAUCCCUGCGAUUGGCAGUUUUAUAUCACAAGUUCGUGGGACUAAAAAUGAAGAAUGAAAUGAAAUACUGAUUCAGCUGCAUGAUAGUAAACGUGUUUUGAAUAAAUACCUAUGCGUAUUCUAUGGGAUGUUUAGGGUGGUGCGAUGAAAGAGGUGGCGUGACUGUGAAUAGGUAUAGUCUUAAAUGUUCUGUACAAGAGAUUUCGUUAAUGAUAGUAAACGGUGGCAAAGAGGAGGGCAGACAGCGUUCACAAAAUAAACAGCCGGCCUAAUUAAGUAGUGAAUAACAACAGUACAAAGAGUAAGUGACAGCUCGUUUUUAAUCUUCCCAAAUUCAAAAAUGGAUCCCGUUGAGUCAAGCUGAAGGCACCCGAAAUAUUUUCAGUCCUCCAAGUUGACUCUCCUGCCAAGAGCAUAAAAUCUCACUGCGGACGUCAAAUCGGAUCCCACAUCAUAUAAUGAUCACCCUUCAAGGCGGGUUUCUUGCGGGUCAAAAAGUGUUUCUCUUCGCAACUCUCCUAAAAACAUUUGUCACAAAUGUAUUAGGAGCUGCUACCACUAAAAGUCAUCAAGAUCCCAGUUCUUCAGUGGAAACGACAACUUUUCUCUUCAACAGAACACUUAUGCUUGAGCGGGACAAACUUGUUCCUGAUGUGUUGGACGCCAUACCUAAAGAAGAACUUUUUGUGAGCUAUUAUACAAGAUGGAUAAACCUUGGGAACCUCGUUGGUUGCUCUGAAGUGCUGAAUAUGCCCACUGUUUUAGAUUGGCCAUUUGAAAAGGGUGCAUAUUAUACGAUUAUUUUGACAGGGCCUGACUGUCCGUCAAGAGAGAAUCAUACCGAUCGAGAAUACCUUCACUGGUUAGUGACGAAUGUCAAAGAAACUAAAUUCAUGGCUGGUGAUAUGAUUGCGGAGUACAUUGGAGCUGCACCGAAUUACGUUUCAGAUGCUCAUCGAUUUCUUUUCGUUGUUUUUAAACAACCUCAGCCUGAUAAAAUGCCGUUUAAAGAGGAAGCUAUAUUAGAUGCAAACCCAUACAAUGAAAAAAGGAAGAAAUUUUCUACCCGCAACUUUGCGAAAAAGCAUGGACUGGAACCUGUGGCUGCAAACUACUACUGGAUUAACCAUAAUGAGCCCGUACCUACAUUUGAAACAUGGUUCAGGACGCCAGGCGACUUAACACCAUAAUUAAAAUGUGUCGCUCGGCAAGAUUUAGAUUUUUCUUAACUCCGCUCCUGAAACCUGUAAUUUAGUCACGUGUAAGUCUCAAUCAUCUCAGUGAAAAGUGAAGUUCUUAAUAUUUGGUUUUUGCACAUCAUGCGGUGUCAGGUCGCAUUCUCUUUUUUUAACAGGAUAAAUUCUCCGAGUUGUUAAAAUCCAGAGUCUGAAGUAUUCGGGUCGGAAUGAGUGCAUAAGCAAACGCAUAUGUGAGUAAGGUCCGAACCAAUCGGACAGCUGUACUUUUGCAGAGAGAGUUUCUCUGGAUAAGUGAAACGUUUCAGGAAUAUCAAAUAAAAACCCUUGAAAUAUUUUGUUAAAUUUCAAUACAGUGUCAUUAUCAUUCAGACACAUAUUCAAUUAGUCAUUUAAUUGUAUGCUUUAAAGACGAAGCAAAAGUUUCAAUUUUUGGAGCUUUGCAUAGUUAAUUGACAGGGAGAACAAUUUCAAAGAAAAGACAAUUAUUUUAAGCAGAUGUGUGGACUACUCAAUGCCGUCAGCACUUACUGUCUAUUCCUGAGAUAUCAUUCUUUUCUCCUGGAAAUAAGACACUAGCCGUAUUAAUAGAUACAUUAUCGAGGCAUUUGAACAGCAGUCAGUUAAUUUUUACAAAUUAUAGUUAGUACAUGUGUUAUUGUAUUAUUUAUUAACGAUGUAACAAACUUCAGCUCAAAUUGUGCCAGCGUCAUCAGUUAAGUAAAGCUAAUCAAAUUAUCAGUAAUUAUUUCAA